UCCGCUUCCGCUUCCGCCCCGCCGGGGAGGAGCCCGCGCUGCAGACAUGAGUCGGUUCAAGUUCGUGGGUAGAGAGCAGCUCUAACAACUGGCUGAGAAAUAAACUUCAGGAGAACCAUAUGUUGGAAAGAAAAGGACCAACGGCUUAAAAGAUUGCUUUGGAAAAAUACUAAUCUCUUCACUGCACAAAGGGGAAAUGAGCAGAAGAGAUGCAGACCAAGUCUGUGCUCCUAAUCAUCAUCUGUGAUGAGAUAUGCUGACUCCAUUUGCCCCCUUCAGAUCCUGCCUUCUACAAAGACGCCAGAAUGAGAUGUCCAGAAGACAAAUCUACUACUCUGCCAAAAGCCAUCUGUGCUUCUUGUUGUAUCUGAUAUCGGUAUCAACUUGACAGAUCCUAUGUUCAGAGGAAUUUAUAGGGGAGUUCAGAAGCAUCAAGCUGAAUGACAAAGCAGUAAUGUGAUUAAGGAGCAGGUGCACUGCUGCCCUAACUUCCCUGCCUUCCCUCUUUGCAUCCAACUCCUGCCAGAUUCCAGAUGCCUAUGGGAUAGAUGAUUUACAAGAUGUAAUAGAGAGGGCUGUCCAGAUUGGAGUUAAAAAGUUUAUGAUUACAGGUGGAAAUCUACAGGACAGUAAAGAGGCACUGCAUUUGGCACAAACAAAUGGUAUCCUCAUAUUACUUUUACCUCCCAAAAAUAUGAAUUAAGUUAUUUUGGAGAAAUCUUUCUAAGACCUGCCUCAGAUAUGUUUUUCAGUACAGUUGGAUGUCAUCCUACCAGAUGUGAUGAAUUUGAAAAGAAUGACCCUGAUCAUUACUUAAUGGAAUUGUUAAACCUUGCUGAAAACAAUAAGGGGAAAGUUGUAGCAAUAGGAGAGUGUGGACUGGAUUUUGACCGACUACAGUUCUGUCCCAGAGAUACUCAGCUCAAAUAUUUUGAAAAACAGUUUGAACUGGCAGAACAAACAAAAUUACCAAUGUUUCUUCACUGUCGGAACUCACAUGCUGAAUUUUUGGAUAUAAUGAAAAGAAACAGAGACCGGUGUGUGGGUGGAGUGGUGCAUUCAUUUGAUGGUACAAAGGAAGCAGCAGCUGCCUUGAUUGACUUGGAUCUCUAUAUAGGAUUUAAUGGUUGCUCACUGAAAACUGAGGCCAAUUUGGAAGUUCUGAAAUCAAUACCUAGUGAAAAAUUAAUGAUUGAAACUGAUGCACCUUGGUGUGGAGUGAAAAGUACACAUGCUGGAUCAAAAUAUAUAAAAACUUCAUUUCCUACCAAAAAGAAGUGGGAAAAUGGGCACUGCGUAAAAGACAGGAAUGAACCCUGCCAUAUAAUAAGCAACAGAUGGCUCCUAAUUCAGAAAGGCCUGGUUAGGAUCUCAUCAUCAACCCUUCCUCAGCAACGCUUCAAAAUCACAAGCCUCCUAAACACCGAUCACAAGAAUUCCCUCAUCAACAAAAUUUGCCAAGUUUCAAUUACUUUAAAAAAUUCUUGUAUGCAUAAAUGCUUCUCACUCUGGUAAUGCAAGGGUAGAUGGGGAGUGAAACGUAAGAGAUUUUUAACACUCCAUUCAUGUGCAACAAAGACACUGAUUUUCAGAA